UCCUACUGCUUGAGAAUGGCCUCAGCUGCUCCAUCAUGUGAUCCCAGUUUGGAUGCUGAAUGGGAGGAAUGGAAGAUGAACUUUAAAAAAUCCUACAGCCCGGAUGAGGAAGGGCACGGAAGAGCAGUGUGGGAAAAGAAUAAGAAAUUUAUUGAGAAGCACAAUGCAGACUAUGAGCAGGGAAAGACAGGCUUCAUUAUGGGCCUGAAUGGAUUUAGCGACAUGACAGAUGAAGAAUUCAGGACAAAUUGCCUUGGAAGGUCAAAGUCUAAUGUAGAUUUGCCUAAAUCUGAGACUUUAGAAGAGAACAGCAAUGUGGCACCUGUGAUGGAUUAGGAGUCUUCUGCCAAGAUGUGAGCUGCAUGAUGCUGAGGAGAAUGGACUUGGGGAAAUAGGAACAGGGGAAUUCCUCUCCAUCACAUUGUCCAGCAAGUGCUGUGUAGAAUGAAAUGCUGAAUCAUUUAAUAUCAACACUGUGAUGUGAACCAUCAUGAAUAUUCUCACUAAUAGAAUAUUAACAAUGUUUACCACAAUAUCUUAAAAUUAAAGCUUGACUUUAAAGGUAA